UUGUAUUGGAGAAGCGUUGUUCCGGAGUUUCUGCUGAGCCCCUUGCCACUUGCAGUCUGUGAGCUGAAGAGUUCCAAGUUUCCUCUCUUUUAUCCUUAUCCUGCCCCUGAGGUCGAGAUAGCGAGCUGAACAGAAGAUGUCUGAUUCCAAGUACUUCACAACCACCAAGAAAGGUGAGAUGGCUGAACUAAAAGCUGACCUCCAGAGUGACAAGAAGGAGCGGAAGAAGGAGGCCAUCAAGAAGAUCAUUGCCAACAUGACUGUUGGGAAGGAUGUCAGUUCUCUGUUUGCGGAUGUGGUGAACUGCAUGCAGACAGACAACCUUGAGCUGAAGAAACUGGUCUAUCUUUACCUCAUGAACUACGCCAAGUCUCAGCCCGACCUGGCAAUUCUGGCUGUCAACACCUUCUCUAAAGAUUGUGAAGAUCCAAACCCACUGAUUCGAGCUCUUGCAGUGAGGACCAUGGGCUGCAUUCGGGUGGACAAGAUCACUGAAUACCUCUGUGAACCACUCCGCAAGUGCCUAAAGGAUGACGACCCCUACGUGAGAAAGACGGCGGCCGUGUGCGUGGCAAAGCUCCACGACAUCAAUGCCCAGUUGGUGGAGGACCAAGGAUUCCUGGAUCUCCUCAAGGACCUUCUGUCUGACUCCACCCCCAUGGUCGUCGCCAACACCGUCGCCGCUCUGGCCGAGAUUGGCGAGGUCUCAUCCACUGCUACGGCCCUGACUGACCUGGACACUUCCACCAUCAACAAGCUGUUGACAGCUCUCAACGAGUGCACCGAAUGGGGUCAGGUCUUCAUUCUGGACUCACUGGCCGGAUAUGAGCCCAAGGAUGACAAGGAGGCCCAGAGUAUCUGUGAGCGGGUGACUCCUCGUCUUGCCCAUGCCAACGCAGCUGUCGUCCUCUCUGCCGUAAAGGUCUUAAUGAAAUUCAUGGAGCUACUCCCAGGUGACUCUGCCUACCUCACCUCGCUCGUAAAGAAACUGGCUGCUCCUCUUGUUACUCUGCUGUCUGCUGAGCCGGAAAUCCAAUUCGUGGCCUUGCGAAACAUCAACCUAAUUGUGCAAAAAAGGUCUGACAUCUUGAAGGAGGACAUCAAGGUGUUCUACGUGAAGUACAACGACCCAAUUUACGUGAAGCUGGAAAAGCUGGACAUCAUGAUCCGUCUUGCCAACUCCACCAACAUCGCCAAUGUUCUAGCUGAACUGAAAGAGUACUCCACUGAGGUAGAUGUCGAUUUCGUGAGGAAGGCAGUGCGAGCCAUUGGUCGGUGUGCCAUCAAAGUGGAGUCGGCUGCCGAGAGAUGUGUCGGUACUCUGGUGGACCUCAUCCAGACCAAGGUCACCUACGUCGUCCAGGAGGCCGUCAUCGUCAUCAAGGACAUAUUCAGGAAGUACCCCAACCAGUAUGAGAGUAUCAUAGCCACUCUCUGUGAGAACCUUGACUCCCUGGAUGAACCAGAGGCCAGGGCCUCCAUGAUCUGGAUUCUCGGAGAAUAUUGCGACAGAAUCGACAGCGUCGACGAGCUACUCACAACUUUUCUCGACAGCUUUGCUGACGAAAACUCUCAAGUUCAGCUGCAGUUGUUGACGGCCAUCGUGAAGCUGUUUCUGAAGCGACCGGCCGACACGCAGCAGCUGGUCCAGAGCGUUCUCAGUCUGGCCACACAGGAGAGCGACAACCCGGACCUCAGGGACAGGGGGUACAUCUACUGGAGACUCCUCUCCACUGAUCCCGCCGCUGCCAAGGACGUGGUGCUAGCUGAGAAGCCCACCAUCUCUGAGGAGACUGACCUCCUCGAGCCGGCCCUGCUGGACGAGCUCAUCUGCCAGAUAUCCACGCUGGCCUCCGUCUACCACAAACCUCCCUCUGCCUUUGUGGAGGGGAAGGUCCCUACACCCACCUCAAAUAAGCUCAUAAAUCAAGCUAACAACACGACCUCAGCGGCAGAGUCGACAGAGGAGCCAGUGGAAGAUGGCGUUGCAGCUCCUCCCCAGGAGCAGGCAGCCGUCAUCCCGAGUGCCGUAGAGGAUUCUCUAAUUGGAGACCUCCUCUCCAUGGACCUCCCGUCCACCUCCUACAAUGCUCCUCCCGCCAGCGCUGGAGAUGGGCUGGGCGAGCUGGAUCUACUAGGGGACCUGUCUGGACUCCAGAUUGGAGGGGGCUAUGGAGGAGGGAUGAUAGGAGGCCAGACUGGUGUUGGAGGUAUAUUCGGAGGAACCGGGCUGCCCGGCAUGGGGGGAGGAAUGGGAGGAGGAGGAGGAGGAGGAGGAGGAGGGAUUGAUCUGUUUGGAGGUCUCGGAGGUCAGGGACCCAAUCCAGGGAUCAUGUUCCAGGGAGGACCCAUCUCUCUCCCCAAACAGGAGUGGCUGCCCGCUGCCAGGGGUAAAGGAAUGGAGAUACUGGGGACCUUUGUCCGUCGCGGAGGUCAGAUCUACGCCGAUAUGACCUUCAACAACAAGGCCAUGCAAAUGAUGGCUGACUUUGCCAUCCAGUUCAACAAGAACAGCUUUGGCCUGGCUCCUGGUCCUCUAGCUGUCAACUCACCGCUGAUGCCCAACUCCACUGCCUCCACUCUACUCCCCAUCACCCCUGGAGGUCUGGUCAUGAAGAUGACUCCCCUCACUCAGCUGCAGGUGGCCAUCAAGAACAACGUGGAUGUCUUCUAUUUCAGUGUCAACAUGCCCACACACGUGCUGUUUAGUGAAGACGGAGCCAUGGACCGUAAGGUGUUCCUGGCAACGUGGAAGGAGAUACCUCAGAGCAAUGAAGUACAGGCAUCUGUUGACAAUGUCUCUCUUACACCAGACCAGGUCCAGCAGAAGUUGGAGACCAACAAUGUGUUCCUGAUCGCCAGGCGACAGGUGGAUGUGGGCGGACUCAACCAGGAGCUGAUGUACAUGUCUCUCAAGUUUAUCAACAACAUCUGGGUCCUCAUUGAGGUCAAGGCUGCCCCUGGGUCCACCACUGUGGGGCUUGCCCUCAAGACCUCUGCUAUGGAUGUAAUUCCUGGAGUGUUGGAGGCUUUCAAGUCUAUUCUCCAUGCCUAGGAACAUUGGAACUUUAACAAAUUGUUGUGUAGGCUGCAUUAUGCCGAUCGGAUAGCGGAGUUCUGUCGUCAUAAUAAUAAUCGUUAUACAGCUAG